AUGGCUCCCAAACUCAACGUCACCCACAUCGGUACGGCGACUGCCAUUCUCGAAAUCGAUGGCGUCAACAUGCUCACCGAUCCCUUCUUCUCUCCCGCCGGCUCCUCUUGGCCCGUCACAGAGACGAUAACGCUGCAGGUGAGCGACGAUCCUGCUCUGCGCCUCGAUCAACUCCCCGUCAUCGAUGCCGUUCUACUCAGCCACGAAGACCACGUUGACAACCUCGAUGAGCUGGAACCUUUCCCCCGCCCUGGCGUCCACGGCCUCAAGCCCUGGGAGAAGAUCGACACCGUCAUCGCCGGAAAGAAGUUCCAGAUCAUCGGCACGCCCACCCAGCACAUCGCUGGAGAUGAGUGCACUGGCUUUAUCAUUACCAACGAGGAAUUUGGACGCGGCCGUGACGGUCUGCCCAACGCGAUCUGGUUCACCGGUGACACUGUGUACAUCGAUGAGCUGAAGAAGGUCGGAGAGCAGUACCAUGUCCUCGCUGCCAUCAUGAACCUGGGUAACGCCUACGGACCCGUCGACAAGACCGACCCCAGCAAGGGCGCCUGCCAGAUCACCAUGGACGGCAAGUCCGGCGCGCGGUUGUUCCGCGACGUCAAGGCUGAUGUUCUGGUUCCCAUGCACUACGAAUCUUGGGGCCACUUCACACAGUUCGGAAAGGAGCUCCGCAAGGACCUUGAGGAGGAGGGUAUCAUCGAUAAGGUGUGCUGGUUGACACCUGGAAAGCCUGUUUCCGUUCUAUAA